AUGAAGCAUCGUCAUUCUUCAUAUAAACCUAUAAAAGCAACCAAAACUCUUACCCAUUUCAAACCAAAUCAACACCGGCCACACCUUAAUCACUCAUUUCAUCCAAUACCAAUUCUAACACAUUUUCACAGUAAGGAGAUGAAGAUCACGAUUAGAGAAUCAACGAUGGUGAGACCCGCGGAGGAGACGCCGAGGAUAAAGCUAUGGAACUCUAACGUCGACCUCGUGGUUCCAAAUUUUCACACACCGAGCGUCUAUUUCUACCGGCCCUCCGGAGCCACCAACUUCUUCGAUGCAAAGGUCAUGAAGGAUGCUCUGAGUAGGGCUUUGGUUCCGUUUUACCCCAUGGGAGGACGAUUGAAGAGAGACGAAGAUGGCCGAAUUGAGAUCGAUUGUCAAGGACAAGGCGUAUUGUUAGUUGAAGCAGAGUCCGAUGGCGUGAUCGAUGAUUAUGGUGACUUUGCCCCCCACGUAACUUACUUCAGAUGUGGGGGAGUUUCGUUAGGAGUCGGGAUGCAACAUCAUGCUGCAGAUGGUGCAUCUGGGCUGCACUUCAUCAACACAUGGUCCGAUAUGGCUCGUGGCCUUGACCUUAGUCUCCCACCCUUCAUAGACCGAACCCUCCUCCGUGCUCAAGACCCACCACGACCCGUUUUCGAGCACGUUGAAUACCAACCUGCUCCGCCGAUGAAAUCCACAUCCGAAACCUCAUCAGAUGAAACCGUCGUCUCAAUUUUCAAAUUGACACGGGACCAACUCAACGUGCUCAAAUCAAAAUCGAAAGAAGAUGGUAACACAAUCAACUAUAGCUCCUAUGAAAUGCUCUCCGGCCAUGUUUGGAGGUCUGUGUGUAAAGCCCGCGGGCUGCCAGAUAAUCAAGACACCAAGCUAUACAUCGCCACCGAUGGCCGGGCCCGCCUUCAACCCGCCCUACCACCGGGCUACUUCGGUAAUGUUAUCUUCACGACCACUCCGAUAGCGGUAGCAGGCGAGCUUCAAUCGAAGCCAACUUGGUAUGCUGCUAGUAAAAUCCACGAUGCGUUAGUGAAGAUGGACAACGAUUAUCUUAAAUCAGCACUUGACUAUUUGGAAUUACAGCCUGAUUUGAAGGCAUUGGUUCGUGGUGCACAUACCUUUAAAUGCCCUAAUCUUGGAAUAAACCAGUUGGGCUAG